GAGUACCUUAAAUUAAAACUGAAACAGCACAGAAGUCAGAACACUGAUUGGUACAGUAAAGUGUAAAGAGCACAGAGUACUUUGUUUUUUAAAGGAAAGUAGAGUUAAUUGUUAAAGACUUAAAAUAACUCUAACUGCUGCAGUCUCUACAAUGUAUACUGCAUACUUUCUAAUAAAUUUAGGGUAAUAUUAGUGGCUUGUUUUGGUGUAAUCAGAAAUGAAAAUUCCUCUCUUUAAAAUGUAGAUUGCAGACCAGAAAAACAUAAGAUGCUUAGGUGUCGGCCUCUAAGAAUUUCUAUUCGAGAUAGUUUAGUUUUGUUGCUUCUUAUUAUAUUUAAUACUAUCCAUGUCACAGAUAUGGCUAAUAAUGAAAUGGAUUUAACGAGUAAACAAAUAAAAUCUAAGGAUGAUAGCAAUGGCAAAAUAGUAAAUUUUAGUAGUUCUGAUGAUUAUCUGAAAAGCUGUCCAGUAGUGGAAAAAGAAAAUGAAAUGAUGAAUUGCACUGAUCUCAAUUACCCCUGCAUAAAUUGUGACAGAUCCAUUGAUUGUGUGUAUGGGGCAGUAUACAAUUAUACAUGCUAUGUCAAACCAAAGGUUGUAUGUAAUGGAAUCAAAAAUUUUAACAGGAGCUCAAUCUGCAGAUUUUGCUAUCAGACUGAUAAAUGGGAACAUCAAUGUGAACAAAAAGCUAACUGUAAUUCACUGGCGUCACCAAUAAAAUAUUAUUUAACAAAUUGCACAGUGUCUGAUCAUAUCAUUUGUUUAGGAAAGAGAAGAUUUUUGAAAAAAAUAAAGUGUUCAUGGACAGCUGGUACAAGAUGGGGAACUGCUCUGAUUUUAGCAUUAACACUUGGGGGAUUUGGGGCUGAUCGUUUCUAUUUGGGCCAUUGGCAAGAGGGAAUCGGAAAACUAUUUAGUUUUGGUGGUCUGGGUGUAUGGACACUAGUAGAUGCAUUAUUGAUUGGCAUACACCAUAUUGGUCCUGCAGAUGGUUCUUUGUAUAUAUAAGUGUAACUUAAAUAAAAUAAUUACAAGAAA